AUGAAAUGGGUGUCUUCAAGUGAACUAGAGUUGGGUUUGCACCUUCCCUGCAACGAAGUUACCCACGAAGCAUUCAAAUCGCGUUUUGAUUCUCAAUUUUCAGUUCCGUUAUCGGAAAUUAACAGUGUAGUUAUGGGUCGAAAGAAACAAGUUCGGCCACAUAGAUCGGUGGGAAUACUAGAAAGACAAGCCUCUGAAGCACAGUCGAAUGAAGAAAAUGAAAUUAAACCUGAAAAAGAGGAAGGUACUGAUAGUGAUGAACAGUUCUAUGUUGAAACUGAUUGGUCGAGUUGGGAUUCUGAGGAGCACUAUGAUGUGUCAGAAGUUGUUUUAUCCAACUUGAGUGUAAGUAAAGAGUUUUAUGGUGACAUAUUAAACAAGGGGUUUUAUGCGGAUUCAAGGCACUUAUUGAGGUUUAGGUUGAGCAAUGUUAAUGAGCAUCUUGGUCGAAUGAAACUAGGGCACUGGCCGAUUUUGUCGUCAAGCAGCAUAUGUCUGCAGUUUGUGGAAAAGUACAUGACAGAGGGCCUGGAGAGGGACUCCUUGAUAGUGUCAGGAUCUUUUGAUGGGCCAGAUGAGGGGGUUACAGGUCUUGUUCAUUUGGCUAGCUUGAAGCUCUUGACAAUCAGACCGAUUCUGGAGGUAACUUUCUCAGAGAGUAUGUCAUCUAUACGUUUGAGGGUCGAGAUAAUGAAAAGUAUGUUUGAUGAGUGUGAGUCACUUCUUGAUAAUACGAGGCAGCUUUGGAAAAAGAGUAUGAUGAGUGUUAUGGCUUGGUUGCGGCCGGAAGUUAUGACUUCAGAAGCUAGAUAUGGAUAUACUUCUACAGCACAUAUGGAUGUUGAUGUAUUUAUGGAGCCUGAAAAUGAUUCCUCUGCAUCAAGGAAACGUCCAAGGUUUGACAUUUCCAGUUUUUAUGAAGCCAUAAAGCCAUCAAAGGAGGCAUUGAUGCUGGAGGAUGACCUACCUGACUUGCUUCCUCAUCUUCGACCUUACCAGCGUCGUGCAGCUUACUGGAUGGUGCAGCGAGAGAAAGGUGCCCAUGAGUGUAUAGUUGGAAGUGAAAAAAAUCAGACUGUUUCUCCUCUCUGUGUGCCUCUAAAUUUGAUAAAUACAUCUGGAAGAUUUUAUUACAACCCAUUUAGUGGAAAUGUUUCCUUGCAUCCAAUCCGCUCGCCUUAUGUUUCUGGUGGUAUUCUUGCUGAUGAGAUGGGCUUGGGGAAAACUGUUGAGCUGCUGGCUUGUAUUUUUGCUCAUCGGAUGUCAUCAUCUGUAGUUGCCGAUUGUUCGUAUAAGCUGCAAGUUGAAGGGGGGCAAAAUAAUCACUUCAAAAGACUAAAAAGAGAGCGAGUGGAGUGUGUAUGUGGUGCUGUCACUGAGAGCUACAGGUACAAAGGAUUGUGGGUGCAGUGUGAUAUCUGUGAUGCUUGGCAACAUGCAGAUUGUGUUGGGUAUUCAUUGAAAAGAAAAAAAUCAAAUUCUAGGAACGUCGCCGAAGAAAGAUAUGAAGAGUGCACAAAAGGAAACUCACGGAAACAUGCUAAGAGAAAGAAAAAUAUCAAUAUAGUUGAGAUGGAUGGAGAGUACAUCUGCCGGAUAUGCUCGAAAUUGAUUCAAGCCACUGAAUCUCCAGUUGCCGCAGGUGCAACUCUUAUUGUGUGUCCAACUUCUAUAUUGCCCCAGUGGCAUGCUGAAAUUAUUCGUCAUACAAAUCCUGGUUCAUUGAAAACCUGUGUUUAUGAAGGAGUUAAGUAUACUUCCUUUUCUGAUGAAUGUAUAACUGAUAUCAACGAACUUCUAAAUGCUGACAUCGUCUUGACGACCUAUGAUGUACUUAAAGAGGAUUUGCCACAUGAUUCUGAAAGGCAUGAAGGGGAUCAACGCUCCUUGAGAUAUGAGAAAAGAUACCCUGUUGUUCCAACUUUACUCACUAGGAUACUGUGGUGGAGAAUAUGCUUGGAUGAAGCACAAAUGGUGGAGAGUAAUGCUGCUGCAGCAACCGAAUUGGCACUACGGCUCCAUGCAAAACAUCGUUGGUGUAUCACAGGGACACCCAUACAGCGAAAACUUGAUGAUCUAUAUGGACUUUUGAGAUUUCUUCAAGCAAGUCCUUUUGAUGUCGUCAGGUGGUGGACUGAUGUUAUUUGUGAACCGUACGAGAUGGGAGAUGCAGGAGCUAUGCUUUUCACACAUGAUUUCUUUAAACAACUUAUGUGGCGCUCCUCAAAAGUGCAGGUUAGGGAUGAGUUACAGCUUCCUCCUCAGGAGGAAUGCAUCUCUUUUCUCUCUCUCUCACCAAUUGAAGAGCACUUCUACCAGCGGCAACACGAAACUUGUGUCAAUGAUGCCCGAGAGGUUAUUGAAAGUCUUAAGGAUGACAUUGAGAAGAGAAAAGCACCAGGUUCUGUAUCUGAUCCUUUCAUCAGUAAUGUGGAGGCCUCAAAGCUUUUUAAUUCACUCCUUAAGCUUCGCCAGGCCUGCUGUCAUCCUCAAGUUGGAAGUUCUGGCCUACGUUCUCUACAGAAGUCUCCCAUGACCAUGGAGGAGAUACUGUCGGUUCUUGUUGGCAAGACCAGGGUAGAAGGGGAGGAUGCACUCAGGAAACUAGUAGUUGCAUUGAAUGGUCUUGCUGGUAUAGCCAUAAUCAAACAUGAUUUUCCUCAAGCAGUAUCACUGUAUAAAGAGGCACUGUCUAUAGUAGAAGAGCACAGUGAAGAUUUCCGCUUGGACCCUCUGUUGAACAUCCACAUUCAUCAUAAUCUUGCUGACAUACUCCCACUCACAAUGAACAGCUUAGAACAGUUUCAGCAUGUUCCAGGAAGCUCCAAAGAAAUAUUUUCUGGGGCACGUGACAUUGAUGAGAAGGCUAAAUGUACAAAAGCAAGGGAUAAAAUAAUUAGACAUGAUUCCAAUCUGAACAUUAAUGAAGAUUCACCCUCUUCUUGUUUAUUGAGAUACUGUUCUAAUGAAAAAGGUAGUGAUAUCGCGACUUACAUAUCAAAAAAUGUUCAAAGUUUAAGAGCAGUUUGUGAAGAUCUAAAGAACAAAUUCUUAUCGGUUUUUAUUGCAAAGCUAUCCCUAGCUCAGCAAGAGUUCAGGAAAUCGUAUGAGCAGGUACGCGACACUUUGAGGAAUCGGGAAAAUCAGCAUACUACUUGGUGGUUGGAAGCAUUACAUCACAUUGACCAAAAUAAGGAGUUGUCCAGUGAAUUGAUCCGAAAAAUAGAAGAAGCUCUCUUGGGGACAUUGAAUAAUAAGAAACCGAGAAUUUCUGCCAGCAUCCGCAGCAUAACAACUUUAGAAUAUUAUAUUCAGACUGGGUUGGAUUCUCUGGAAGAGUCUAGAAAAUGUUUAAUUGAUAGAAUCUUGGAAAUCGAUCAAACAAUGGAAAAUCCUAGAGAGGAGGAUAUUAUCCGUGUGAGAUUCUGUGCAAACUGUUAUGAUAAUUGUGAUGGUCCUGCAUGCACCCAUUGUGAAUUGGAUGAAAUAUUUCAGGUUUAUGAGGCCAGGCUCUUCCGCCUGAACAAAAGCAAUAACGGGGAGGUCAUUACCUCUGUAGAAGCAGCAGUAAAUCUGCAAAAAAAGAAGUCUGCAUUGAACCAUUUUUAUUGGAGUUUGUCACGGCAUGACAAGAGUUCAGCUUUAUCUGCCUCUGAAUAUGAAGAUAAUGGAAAGAAGAGGGAUAUUGGGGAAAAUGUGACGGUAUCAAAAGCACCCUCUGAUUUGGAGAUCAUGCUGGGGAUUAUUAGAAGCAAUUCCAAAGGUUUCUUGGGAAGAGAAAGAAUCUCAGCAGCCAGAAAGCAUCUCAUUCUUCUCGAGGGAAUGCGCAAGGAGUACACCCAAGCAAGGUCCCUGGCAAUAGCUCAAGCACAGGUUCUGCGUGCUCAUGAUGAAAUAAAGAUGGCAACCUCACGCUUACGCAUUAGAGAGAAUGACGAUGAUAAAUCUAUUGAUGCUUUAGAUCCGGGAGAGUUGGAUAUAGCAAAUGCUGAAAAUUCUAGUGAAAAGUUCCUUGCAUUGGCUUCUUUACUACGUAUAAAAGGCCAACUUCGCUAUUUGAAGGGCUUAGUACAAUCUCAACAGAAUCUGCAGUCACAAAGCUCUAGUACUUUAACCUUAACUGAAGCCUCAGUUCUCUCGGAAAAUGGAUGCCUACCUAAAGUAGAUAAGGAAUCAUGCCCAGUUUGUCAAGAGCAGCUCAGCAAUCAGAAAAUGGUUUUCCAAUGUGGGCAUAUGACGUGCUGUAAAUGUUUAUUUGCAAUGACCGAGAGGAGAUUGAUUCAACAUGGAAAAUCUUAUAGUAAUUGGGUAAUGUGCCCAACAUGUCGACAGCACACAGAUUUUGGAAAUAUAGCUUAUGCUGAUGAUGAGUCAUAUGACUAUUCUGUUCAAGCUUGUGAUAAAUCCGAAGCUUCUAUCCCUGUACAAGGUUCAUAUAGUACAAAGAUUGAAGCAGUAACAAGGAGAAUUUUAUGGAUCAGUUCUACCAAUCCAGCAGCUAAGGUUCUUGUUUUUUCCAGUUGGAUGGAUGUCCUUGAUGUGUUACAACACGCCUUUACUGCCAAUCAUAUAAGUUAUGUUAGGAUGAAAGGAGGAAGGAAAUCGCAAGUUGCCAUCAGCCAGUUCAGGGGACAGAAAAUCAAUGCAAAACAAAGUAAUGAAAAGCACAAGGGGCAAAUAGAAACCAAAACUGUUCAAGUUCUACUGCUCUUAAUCCAACAUGGAGCCAAUGGACUAAAUCUUUUGGAAGCUCAGCAUGUCAUUCUUGUAGAGCCACUGCUCAAUCCUGCAGCUGAAGCACAAGCAGUCAGCAGGGUGCAUCGAAUUGGGCAGAAGGACAAGACCCUCAUUCAUCGUUUUAUAAUGAAAGACACCGUUGAGGAAAGCAUAUAUAAGAUGAACAAGAGCAGGGACACAAGUUCAUUUAUUAGUGGGAACCGGAAGAAUCAAGAUCAACCUCUGUUGACUCUCAAAGAUGUUGAAUCCUUAUUCAGAGUAGCACCUUCUGCCGUUCCAGAAAAUCAAAAGCCAACCAGAAGCUUGAGGGAUUUGCCACCUUCUGCAGCAGCUGCUAUUGCUGCUGAAAGAAGGUUAACGGAUCAUACAAAACAAUAA